UCAAAUAAACGUAUCGAUGGAAGGUGAAGAUUCGUUAAAAAAAAAUUCUUAUCCAUCUUAUCAUGGAGUGAAAUAUUAACCUUUUUCUUACCAGAAUUAUAAGAAUUAUGUUUCAAUAACCAAGAAACAACAAUAAUUGUCUCAGUGAAAAUUCACGAAUCGACAUUCAAACGAUAAAUAUAAAAUAGUCUGAAUACUGCAGUUAUUCUCAUUGAGAAUGAGUAAGUUCAAGAGUGUAAUCCAGGAAGAAAAUCCUCCUCAUCUUAUUGCAGAAAAAUGUCCCUAUAGGAUUUUUGUAGCAGUCAUGAUUUUUUGGGCUACUGCGCUCAACUACGCUUACAGGGUUUAUUUUCAAGUCAGUUUGGUUGCGAUGAUCCAAAAAAAUGAAACAGUUCACAACGAAACAAGUAAUACUACAGAAGUGGUAGAACUUCCUAAUUAUGGUCCAAGGUACAUGUAUAACAACUGGCAGGAGGGACUAAUAGUGGGUGCUUACUUCUAUGGCCAAACGAUUACCUCAUUACCAGGAGGGCCAAUUGCAGAAUACUUUGGAGCUUGGAUCUCAGUAUUCUGCAGUGCUUUGCUCAAUUCUGGAAUGACCUUAAUAGCGUUGUUGGUAAUAAGUGAUAACUGGGUACCUCUUUUCGUCUGCCGGUUCUUCAUCGGACUGAUAUCUGGUGUCCAGUAUCCAGCGCUUCAGUGCCUUAUAGGCCGAUGGGCACCACCAAAUGAAAAAGGCAAGUUCUCAGCUUGCCUCAUGGGAAAUGUCUUCGGCUCAGUCUUGGCUACCACCGCUAGUGGUUUCUUGAUCCCUAGAUUAGGCUGGCAGUCCACUUUCUACGGGAUCAUCUUGAUGAGUUUGUGUUUCAGCAUCUUCUGGUUUUUGCUGAUUGCUGAUUACCCCUCAAAGUCAUGGUGGUGUAGCAAGGAAGAAGUAGAAUUCAUAAUGGACAGUCACCAUGGGUCUAUAGAGCAAGGAAAGGUUAUACCUCCUUUCCUCAAAAUAUUCACUUCUGUCCCCUUCAUAGUCCUGGUGAUAGGGCAAUUCGGCAGCCUUUGGGGUUUGAACCUGAUCGUUACCUCAAUGCCCAAAUUCAUGGCUGAAAUUUUACAAUUUAACAUGGAGAAGAUGGGAACCCUUGCUGCCCUUCCAAGUUUGGCACGUUUGAUAAUGGGUUUCAUAUUCGGAGGUAUUGCUGACUUUCUCCUCAAAAGGGAGAUAGUUCAGAAUAAGGCUAUAGUGAGAAAGGGCUUCGUGGUCUUUUCCCAUUUGCUUCCUGGGAUCACUUUAUUCUGCUACACCUUCAUCAGCGCCAGUGCAGAGUUGGCAGUCAGCUUCUUGGUCAUUAUGCUUGGAUUCAAUGGCGCAACAGUCGUUACCAUGCUGGUGAAUAACCAAGACCUGGCACCAAAUUUCGCGGGCACCCUGUAUGGAAUUAUGAACUGCUUCGGAUCAAUGCCUGGCUUCAUAAUUCCUGCUAUCAACGCCAAGAUAUUAGAAGAAAAGAGUGAUUGGUCUAGGUGGACAACAAUUUUUUCCAUCGGUGGAAGUGUCUAUAUUAGUACGGGACUGCUGUUCAUGCUUUUUGGAUCUGCAAAGUUACAACCUUGGAAUGAAAAGAAGUUCAGGGAUAGCCAAAAUAUCAAUAGUAAUGCACCCAGCUAAAUAAUAAUUAUUAUCCAAUGUAAAAACUCCAAUUGAUUAGAAGCCAAUAAACAGAUUGGUCUGUGGUACAAUGUAAAA